GACCUGCGCCUGCUACGUCCCCACCGAGCUCCACUGCACCUUCCGCAGCCUCAGGGCCGUGCCCCACGUGCUGGACCCCAAGAUGGAGCGUGUGAACCUGGGGUUCAACCACAUCCAGGUCCUGACGUACGCUUCCUUCUCCGGUCUCGCGAGACUUCAGCUGCUGCUGCUGCACGGAAACGAGAUCGCGGACAUCACCGAGGGCGCCCUGAGCGACCUGGGUGCACUGCAGGUGCUGAAGCUGAGCUACAACCAGCUUCGGGCACUGCGCACAGGCUCCCUACGGGGCCUGCGGCGCCUGUCCCGGCUGUACCUGGACCACAACCGGCUGGAGUCGGUGCACCCGUGGGCGCUGCUGGGGCUGGCGUCGCUGCGGCUGCUGCGUCUGGACGGGAACCAGCUGGCGGUGCUGGCGCCUGAGGCGCUGGCCACGCUGCGCGUGCGCGGGGUCCCAGCCUGCACGGUGCGCGUGCUGCACCUGGCCGGGAACCGGCUAGCCGCGCUGCCCGCCGGCACCCUGGCCCGCGCACCCGCACUGCGCGCGCUGCACCUACAGGGUAACCCCUGGGCCUGCGGCUGCCAUGCAGGCUGGAUGGAGGACCUGGAGGGGCGGGGCCGAGGCGUGCUGCGCUGUGGGAAGGAACAGGCAUGCGCAGCCUGCGCCAGCCCUGCCGACCGCCGCGGCCUGGACCUGCGUCGCUUGCCGCCACGCAUGCGCUGUCGCCCGCCGCGCAUCCUCACUGGCCCGGCGGACGGUGAGGAGCCGCCAGAAGCAGAAAUGGAGGCAGAGGAAGAGGAAGUGGAGUACGGGGAGGAGGUGGGCGAGGUGCUGCUGAGGCUGACAGAUGCCCGUGGCCGCACCGCCGGCCUUGCCUGCCGCCUGUGGCACGCGCCCAGCGUGCGCGACCUCGACGUGCGGCCCGGCCCUGCCCCCGAUGUCCCUGUGGGCGUGCGUCUGACCCUCAGCGCCGCCCUCGUCUGCUAUGCCGACCCCGCCCACCUCGCACAGGCCCGCCGCCUGCUGGGAGGCGAUGACGACACUGAUGAUGUUGCGCUGACGCUGCGCUGGGACCCGGAGGCACCGGGCCACGCCCACCCGGAUAGGGACCCGGGAGAUGGAUCCGGGGAAGGCCACGCCCAACCCUCGGGCGGAGACCCUGAUGGGGAGGAGCUGUAUCAGGACAGGGACCCGGAUGUAGGCCACGCCCACCGGCAGGGCAGAAACCCGGAUGUUGCCCAUAUGUAUCAGGCCACAGACUCGGAUGUAGGCCAUGCCCACCAUCGAACCAGGAACCCUGAUAUAGGCCACGUCCACCAGCGAGCCAGAGACCCUGAUGUAGGCCCUGCCCACGCUCAGGACAGAGACCCGGUUGUAGGCCACACCCAUCUGCAGGACAAAUACCCGAAUGUAGGCUAUAUGUAUCAAGCCCGAGACCCGGAUGUAGGCCCCUCCCACCAGCAGGACAGACACCCGGAUGUAGGCCCCGCCUACAAGCAUGCCAGACACCCAGAUGUAGGCCAUGAGUAUGAUCAGGACAUAGGCCCCACCCACCCUCAGGACAGAGACCCGGAUGUCAAUGACCCGGAUGAGGGCCCCGCCCACCCUGAGGACAGAGACCAGGAUGUAGGCCCCGAGUAUGACCAGGAUGGAGGCCACGCCCACCCUGAGGACAGAGACCCUGAUGUCAAUGACCCAGAUGAAGGCCCCGCCCACUCUGAGGACAGAGACCCGGAUGUAGGCCCCAGGUAUGACCAGGAUGCAGGCCACGCCCACCCUGAGGCCAGUUUCCCGGAUGUCCAUGACCCGGAUGUGGGCAAGGCCUACCGCCUGGUGCGCGGCCCUGGCGCGUCGUCAUCGUCGCCAACGUCACUUCCGGGCGUGGUGGCCCGGCUGUGGGCGCGGCCUGCCUGGCUGCUGCAGCCCGAGCUGAUGCUGCGCUGGGCCGGGCUGCGCGGGCCACACGUGCGUCUGACGUGGACGGCGUGCGUGCGUGGCCCCGAGGACCCGGAGGACGCGCCCUGGGUGACCCUCGACCCCCGUGAUGACCCUGAUGACGUGCACGUGGUGACCCCGGGGCAGACGCUGCGGCUGCGCUGUGCGGCGCAGGGUUCGGAAACACCACGCGUGGCCUGGACGCGGCCCGACGGCUCCAUCCUGCGGGGCGAUGAGGACGGUGGCCAUGACGGGGGGACAACACUGGAGAUCCGCGGGAUGCGCCAGGCCGACGCUGGCUGGUACCGCUGUGAGGCCCGCGUGGGGCGCCGCGGGGAAACCAAGGCAUGGCGUGUGGCCUACGGCGGGGACGCAGCCACGGGGUCCGGGGCCUACACGGAAGAGGAAGCCAUGGAAUCCGAGGCCUAUGGUGUGGAUGAAGCCACAGGAUCCAAGACCUACGCUAUGAAGCCAUGA